AUGUUGAUCAAAGUUAAAACGUUAACUGGUAAAGAAAUUGAAGUCGAUGUUGAACCGCAAGAUAAAAUUGAACGAAUAAAAGAACGUGUCGAAGAAAAAGAAGGCAUUCCUCCCCCUCAACAACGUUUAAUUUUUUCUGGUAAACAAAUGAAUGAUGAGAAAACUGUCCAAGAUUAUGCUGUCACAGCUGGCUGCGUUUUACAUUUGGUAUUAGCACUAAGAGGUGGCAGUGAUUAA